CAGAAUAAAGGCGCAAAAGUGAGCUCUAGAGAGAGAGGGAAAAGAAAAGAGGAGAGAGAAAAAACGCUCCUCUUCUUCCUUCUCUUCUUCUUCUUCUUCUCCUUCUUCUUCAUUCUUCUUCCUUUUCUUCCGGUCCCUCAAUUAUUACACCCACCAAAUUCUUCUCUCUUUCUUUCCUCCAUUUCAUUAUAAUUUCCUUACCACCUUCUUCACUUCACUGCUUACUGAUUACAGCAACUAUGGUGUCCGCCAACAGAGAGAUGGUGGUGUACUGUUUCGAUACCCUUCUCGCUCACUACAACGGCGAAGAAGCCCCUCCCCCCGCUUUCGACGGCGGUCAACACCCCUUGUUUGUUACAUGGAAAAAAGUGAUCAAUGGUGGUGAACCUCGUUUGCGAGGGUGCAUAGGAACUCUAGAAGCUCGCUGCUUGAUAAAUGGCUUCAAGGAUUAUGCUUUAAAUAGUGCAUUGAGGGACCGGAGGUUCCCCCCAAUACAGCCUAAAGAAUUACCAUAUUUGGAAUGCACAGUUUCCAUUCUAGUUGAUUAUGAAAUAGCUACGAAUUAUCUGGAUUGGGAGGUAGGUAAGCAUGGUAUUAUUAUUGAAUUUAAUGAUCCCGACUAUAAUGCUAGACGAAGUGCUACGUAUCUGCCCGAGGUCGCUGCCCAUGAAGGUUGGACAAAAAUCGAGGCGAUUGACUCAUUGAUGCGGAAGGCAGGAUAUAAUGGUGCAAUCACCGAGUCACUGCGUAAACGUAUUCGAUUGACCCGGUACCAGAGCACCCUAUUCACCAUGCACUAUGGUGAGUAUGUCUCCUAUGUUAAAACUACCCGGGGCACAGCUCCUUGCGUGGUCGGGGCUAAAGCCUAACAACCAUUGAUUCUUCCAAACGGCCUUUGCUAAAAUCUGCAAAGCUUAAGUUUGGGUACUGAACUAAAACAAAAUAUAGGAUGCCUGAAUGAUAUGUCUUGUGUUCCAUUCAUCCAAGAUGCUUCUUUUGAAUCACUGUCUUUUCAAUGCCAUUCAACAAGAAAGGAAAAAAAGGCGGGGGGGGAACUGAAGAACCCAAUAGUUAUUUGGAAACUUAUCAUUCAAGCCUUGCAGCUUCUCUGUAGUUUGCUGCUCUGUAAUACUUCCCAGUUCUAAUUAUCAUAUUGCUAUAUGCUAUUUAUCUAUCUACCAUUUUAGCUGCAUCUUUUUCUAUCAAUGGGUUUGAACAUUAAAAUUUGAAGGUUUUUCCCCCUUUUAAUUUCAUUUGUAUAUUACAUUGCAUCCU